UAACAUUUUCACUCUUCAUACUUUCCGCCUCACUCUCCCUGCAAAUCACCAUUUCCACAAAUCUCAAACCACAACCACCACCACCGCCAAUGGAGUCCACCGCCCUUUUCUCCACCACAUUCCGCCCACCCUCCCUCCACCUCCGCUCCCGCCUCUCCAAACCCAUUUCCCCCUUCAAACCACCCUUUCUCCGAUCACCCCCACCCCCUUACCCCCACUCCUUCACCACCAAACCCCUCCACCUCCUCAAACCCAUCUCCGCAUCCGCCACCUCCAUUCCCCAACCCACCGAACCCAAAACCCUUCACCCACAAGGCGCAAAGAUCGUCCCACUAACCCUCUCAAUCGCCAUCGGUCUCCUCCUCCGUUUCCUCAUCCCCAAACCCCCCGACGUCACCCCUCAAGCCUGGCAACUCCUCUCCAUUUUCCUCUCCACCAUUGCCGGUCUCGUCCUCUCCCCUUUACCAGUCGGCGCUUGGGCAUUUAUCGGUCUCACCACCUCCAUCAUAACCAAAACUCUCACUUUCAAAACCGCCUUUAGCGCCUUUACUAAUGAGGUUAUUUGGUUGAUUGUGAUUUCCUUCUUUUUUGCCCGUGGCUUUGUUAAGACCGGCUUGGGGGAUCGCAUUGCCACUUAUUUUGUUAAGUGGUUGGGGAAGAGUACUUUGGGGUUGAGUUAUGGCUUGGCCUUGAGUGAGACAUUGAUUGCUCCCGCCAUGCCUAGUACCACUGCGCGGGCCGGUGGGGUGUUUUUGCCCAUUAUUAAGUCCUUGGCGGUUUCCGGUGGGAGUAAACCGAAUGAUCCGUCGUCCAGGAAGCUUGGGGCCUACCUUGUUCAGUCUCAGUUUCAGUGUGCUGGCAAUUCUAGUGCGCUUUUUCUAACGGCUGCAGCACAAAACCUGUUGUGUCUGAAACUGGCUGAGGAACUCGGGUUGGUCAUUGCAAAUCCAUGGAUUUCAUGGUUCAAGGCUGCUAGUUUACCGGCUUUUGUAUCUCUUCUAGUUACUCCAUACAUUUUGUACAAAAUUUAUCCACCUGAAACGAAAGAUACACCUGAUGCUCCUGCGAUGGCUGAAAAGAGGCUUCAAGCCAUGGGCCCUGUCACAACUAAUGAGUGGAUUAUGAUCGGUACCAUGCUUCUUGCUGUCUCACUUUGGGUUUUCGGGGAUGCUAUUGGAAUACCAAGUGUUGUUACUGCAAUGUUGGGGUUAUCGGUACUAUUAUUGUUAGGAGUACUUGAAUGGAAUGAUUGUUUAAGUGAAAAAUCCGCAUGGGACACUUUGGCUUGGUUUGCGGUCCUUGUAGGCAUGGCGGGUCAGCUGACAAAUCUUGGAAUAGUAACAUGGAUGUCUAAUUGUGUAGCUAAGUUCCUUCAAUCUUUCUCGUUGAGUUGGCCUGCUGCAUUUGGUGUUCUUCAAGCAGCUUACUUCUUCAUCCACUACAUGUUUGCUAGUCAAACGGGCCAUGUAGGAGCCUUAUACUCUGCGUUUCUUGCUAUGCAUUUGGCAGCCGGUGUGCCUGCUGUAUUGGCGGCACUCGCUUUGGCCUACAAUACAAACUUAUUUGGUGCUCAGACUCAUUAUAGCAGUGGUCAAGCCGCUGUUUACUUCGGAGCCGGUUACGUGGAGCUCCCAGAUGUAUUUAGAAUCGGGUUCAUCAUGGCUUGUAUUAACGCGGUGAUUUGGUCAGUUGUUGGCGGUGUAUGGUGGAAAUUUUUGGGGCUGUACUGAUUUCCGAGUUUCGUCAAGUAGAUAUCUUUCAUGUUUCAUCCGAUAAAGCCCUUCAUUUCAUGAUAGAGUUGAGCACAAAAGCAUUAAAGCUACAUAGUUUUGUUUUUUUUUUUUUUUUUUUUUUACUUUUGCACUUUUGACCCUUUCGGAUCAGUCAUGAUCAACUCUUGACUUAAUUGAGUCAAAUCAUCGAGUUUUGUUGCAUACCACAUUUUUCUUGGACCA